GGCGACGAAAUCGAGAGGCCAAACUACCGUUUUGUUAUUUUGAUACCAGCAUUUUCCAAAGUUUGUUGGAUAUCUAAUUCCUGCGUCGUUUCAUUGGAGGAGAUAGUGAAGGGAUUGAAGCCAGUUAUAAAUGAGUUCGGCUACUGUGACGAAAACUGUGGCAAAGAAAUUGUAAGUUUAUCUUUUACCUCCCUAUUUUAUUCCACUUAUCACUCGCUACGGUGCUUGAAACAAGAGAUUUACACGAGAAUGUUUGCAAUAGAGAAGUCUCACGAGUGUAGCAUCAUUUAGUGUCUUAAAUUGAUUAUCAUUAUUAAUUUCGACGAUGAAAACAAUCCAAGAGAUAUUUAGUAGAACUAUUACCAAAUUAUAUUUUACGAGGACCAUUUCAUCAAGUUUACCUUCGAUGCAGUGGCUUGAAAUAACGCUUAAUUUUGUGUUAUUAAGAAUUACGGUUAGGACAUAAGACUUUGAAAAGCCGUUGUAACAUUACGGUACAGUGAAACUUCAAAUAAAAGGUAAGUUACCCUUGUGAAAGGUUUCCAUUUGUUUGAUUUUAGUUUGGUUUCAAUUUUUUUUGUGAGCUUAAGUUCAUAACAGUGGCACGAGACAACUCACGGCAAACGUUUUAAAAAGUAAACAACUUCCGCAGGUCUCUGUAGUGGAUAUAACUUGACCAUAAGUGGACUGAUUGAUAAAAUCUCAAGUGGAAUGUUAUUGUCUACUAAGUUUGUAACUUUUGAUAUUGAGCAAAAAAGGAGAAGAUUUAACACUAUAUGUGUUUCAGUAUAAAAUAUAGCAUGCAGUUGAUUCAAGAUGACUUAACACAGCCAGUCGAAAGCUAAUAAACAUGAUCUCAGUCUCUAGGUCUGCAUCAAUUUGACAGAAGGUUCAUAUUGUUAAGAUCAUCUUGCAACUUUGGUUAGUUUGUGUGCCAGGAAAAUCAUAAUCAAUAGAGUAAUUACAGUUUUAUGUUUCUUUGCUGUGUUUUUGUUUUGUUCAAAACUUUUAGCCCUAUUCAAACACCAAACUUGUCACUAGCCUAACUUGAUACCUGUUUAUAUUGGUAAUAGGACUAAGUGGAGUCCAAUUCAGUCUGUAAUCAGAUGAGUGAUUAACAAAAUCAGAUGAUGGCAAAGCAUUUGUUAAUCACAAGUAACUUGAAGUCCUGUGACCAAUUAAUCAAAACUAUGACAAAAUUUGAGAAAGAAAUUAGACAUUGGUUAUAUGUUCUCACAAAAAAAAAACAACAACAAUGAUUAACUUGAUGAAAUGCCAGACAACAGUGCACAUGACGCAUUCUGUCUAUUUACACAGGCAUGACAUGUUAACUGUCCUAUUACACUAUCCAAUUACAAGCAUGAUGCGUACACAGACCUAUUAGUGCUAAAAUCGGGCUGGUGAUAACCAAUCACAUUCAAGAAUUUUGUUAUAGUUUUGAUUAAGUUAGAAAUCUGCAUCAUAAUGAGUAGCUAUUUUGAUUUUGAAAUUUUCAGCUAUAAUUUUCCCACCAGGCUUGUGCAAGAUUUUCAAUACCUUAGACUUAACUUAUCAUGGGCUGAAAUUGAUGCAUAAAUUAUGAAAAUACAUGUUCCCAAAGCUGUUAGAAUUCCAGAACUGAAUAAAGAAGGAUUAUGGAUUGUCUGACUUAACAGGGGGCACUUUUGUUAAUUUGGUUUGGUCCAACAUUAAAAUCAUGUCAUAUCAUGUCAUGCAGAGAUUAUUUAUUUUAUCAACCAAGUUGAUUAUGUGAAUUGGCGACUGUAGAGAGGUUGUAGAGCAGCCUUUUUGAGCAUUAACUCUUUUCAGAGCAAAUCAAGCUAAGUUUGGCAUCUGAACUAGGCCUUAUCCUUCCUGUGAUCUUACUAGGCAAACAUCACAAAGAAUGAAGUAUACCUUUUCAAGAUAAGACACUUAAAUUGGCCAUGAUUAUUUGACCUUUCUGGGCUGUAUAUUGAUAUGAUGUAAUCAAUUGGUAGAAACACUGUUGAUAAAAUUUUGCUAGAAUUUUAAGCAGGAUUCCAAAGCAAGUGUUUUUAAAAAGUCUUUGUUGAGGUCUCUUCCUUGAACAAAUUGAAGUUACAUUUCACUUACAUAGAUACUUUUUGAUAUCCACUCUCCUCCUGAACUGAGUUACCUCAAGGAAGAUGUGAACCACUUUCCCAAAAGACCGAUGAAAAUGAAUGAUAUUGAAAAUAAUUAAUUUCUUGGGUAGAAAAAUGAAAGUGGUUCAGGACUUUUUUGAAGCAGUGACAUGGAAACAUCAUAUAAGGUCACUUUGCCAAUGUUUUUUGACAUUGUUAGCAUUUAUAAAAGGAAAUAAUUCAUAGAGGAAUUUGGAAUUCUCUGAUUAAAAUGAGCAAUACUCAAAUUGGUAAAAGUACAUUUAAGUGUAGAAAGGACCUUAAACAUCCAAAAAAAACCAAAUAUAAUUUUUUUAUUAUGAAAAUUUUUUUUGAUUCAUUGAUGAUCAUCUCCCCUUAAAGAUAAAUGCUGUCUCCUACUGGUUCCUUGAUUUUCAGGUGAGCUAAAUUAUCAGGAUGAUUAAAUUUGUUUAGUAAAGUAGGGAGAUUUUUUUAAUGUUAUGUUUCAGAAAGAAACACUAUUAUAACUGAGCCCAGUUCACUUUCCUCUUGUACUUUAGCCUAGCCCCAUGAGUGACUAGGACAGAAUUUCUCCUUUCAGUAUCAACUCAAUAGCAAGCAGACAAGUGAUGAGAAUAAAGAAAAUAUCAGUGAGGGGAUUACUAGAUGACCCAAGACCAAAUUCUCUUAGCUGACAUCAUAAGAAUUGUAUGGCAGGUAGUUAGGAGAAUUACAAAUGAGAUCCUAGGAGUGAAAGGGUUAACUGUUUUGAUUCAACUUUGGUUGUAAAUUUUUUUUUAUGUGUAAAUUGUUUCAGACAAAAUGGAUAUGCACAGAUAAUGCAAAUUUAUUUUAGAUAUCACAUGCCUAUAGAACUUUAGAACAGGUAAUGAAUAUUAUUAGAUAAAUACUAGAUUAAAAAAGAACUAUUGAUUACAUUUAAUCAUUGUUUCACUUGGUUAUCUUUAAAGGACUGUUUUCAUAAAUAAUUAAAUAAUUUUCAUACCUAUAGGUAAUCAUCCAGUAGUUAUUGUCAUUGUUCAAGUUUGUAAUUGUAAGCCAAUUAACAUAAACAUCUUACAAUUUCUUACAGUUUAUUUAGAAAUCUUAUCGAAUCAAAGCUCUCCCUGAAGAAGUUUUAGGUUGCAUAGAAAAGAUAGUUUUUUUCUUGUGGGUAAGCCAUGGGACCAGGCUAUGUUUUUUUAGAAAACAUUUGUGAAAUGUUGUGUAAUGGGCUUCAGACUGACAAUAAAUUAUUCAUGUGUUAAAAACACAUUACUCAGUGUUUCCAUGGUCUCAUAACUUUGCUGGAUCAUAAUAGUCAGUGUAAAUCUUGUGCAAGCUUUCAGUUAGACUUAUUUUAGCAACAAGAACAAGUAAUCAGACUUUGACUCUACAACUUAAGUUGGUGAUUUUACCCACUGGCACUAUCUGGUGUUCAAUUUGAUCAUGAUUUUAAGUGGAAGAUUGUCUUUGGAAUAAUACAUGAGGAGGACACUAAAGAGGAAUUUGAAUCACCAACGUUGCCCCAAUUCUUGUCUGUAUUUUCUAGCAGAGGAUACAGACUCUGAACAUGGCAGUGAUAAGAUGUAUGAUCCAAAAUAAGCAAUUAAGAUUUUUUCUCAAUAGUAGUGAAAAUUAAUUUGCAUGGUAAUGUUUCCUUAUUUUAUGUGCAUGAUUUCAUGUUUGUGUUUUACUUUUAAUUUGGGCUCAUUAUCUUUUGAGCUCUUAUGUUAAAAUGUUUCAGAUCUUUCACUGUUUUUUUUUUUGCUAUAUUAUGUACUAGUAUAUGGCACAUAUUCUAGUAAACAUAGACUACAUUUGUGUAUAGUAUUCAUAUACAAAUGUAAACAUAAUAUCUUGAGAUUUGUUCAGUGUUAUUUGAUAGUUGCAGAUGAGACUAUAAAUUUAUCUGUAACUUUGUGAACACAUUAAAUUUGAAUUUCAUAAAUUUAGUUACUGCUCUGGUUAAUUUGAUGGAUGUGAGUAAUGUAAGGAAAUUGAGGUAUGUAUUAAUUUUGUGCUUAGGUCAGGCUCAAGUGUAUUUAUUGUCCAUUAUAAUUGCUGUUUGGUUUUGCUUCAGGAAGUACUAUCUAGAUGUACAAAGGAGAGAAGACGGUUUUGAUUUAUCAGGUCCAUGUCAUCCUAGAGAAGAUCCAAUUCCAUUGAGAGCUGUAAGAAUUUUUUUGAUAUAAAUUACUGCUUAAUUGAAUCAUGAAAUUGAUAGUAUAGUUCCAAGUAACAUUUAAAAAAAAAUUGUGAUGAUGGCAUUCUUAUUUUUCUUCUUUUCAUUUUCACACUGGUGUCUACAUACACUAUUUAAGGUCUUUAUGUAUUCCUGAUGUAAUUAAAACAGCAGAUUUAUGAAAUGCUAGUCUUCUUUGUGAGAAAUCCUCUGAUGUCAUACUAAAGAUAUGUUAGAAUUAUUGAUAUUAACUUGGUAGGAAUUAUGUGCAACUUAUAAUGUAAUAACUUGUUAAGGUUUCUCUAUAAUUCUACAGAUUUCAACUUGAGUAGGUAAUGAUGUUUUAUCUGUGUGUAAUUCUACAUGUAACUUUCUCUAAUCAUUCUCCAUAAGCCCUUUUAUAAAUGAAUAUAUUUAGUGUGUUGAAGCACAUUUUUAUCAUGCAAAAAAUGCCUCAAAGUUAGCCUCUGAGACUUAAGCUUUCAAUUAAUUUCUGUCUAUGGUUAUCUUAUCAUUUCAAACCUAGGGUCCAACACUGGACUAUGAUGGGAUCCAUGACAGGAGCUUAAAACACUAUUUCCACAGUCCUAAAAUCAGGAGACAGUUACAAAACAUGUACACUGUAAAGGACCAAGACUCCAGGGAAGGUACUGUGAGGAACUUUAUGGAUCAGACCAUGGCAUCUGUAGACUACAGACUCAAGCCUGGACCAAUCUCACCAUAUGCUUUGCCACAGACCGUACCACCACAACCUCCUCCUCAUAGACCACAUGCUACAAUGUCAGUUGAUCAGUACAUGAAGACAAAGAGGGGUGCUAAAAGAAGGUAAUUGAAGUGAUGGAAUUUGGUUAAGUCCAUAUCUGAGCCCUGACAGGUUUUUUGUGUUGUUUUCUUGGUGAAACACUUUCCUAACCAAGGAUCUUUCUGCACUAGCAACAAAGUUGUUUAUUGAGACAAUUUUUUUUGUCAUCAGCAACAUUUUACAAGUGUGGAUGGUUUUUUGCAACUUGACAAAUUUUAGCUGAAGCAGACAAAUCUUCAAACACACCACUGACAAAAUAUCUGAAAAAACUGAACAAAAUGGACUAAAUAAACAAAACCAUGAUAAACUUGUGGACCAUUUUCAUAAAAGCUACCAUGAGGGUGUCAUUAUGGAAUUGUGCCUAUCAAAAUGAGGUUGCAAAAGCUCAAAGCCAGCUUCGGUCUCUUAAGAUCUGAAUUGACGAAUUCCCAACCAGGAGUAGUAAAAUUUCACUUUGUGUCCAUUUAGAGACAAUGGAGAUACAAUCAGAGCAAUUAGUAUUGUUUGAAAAAUAUGAAAGUGAUGUUGUUAUGGUAAAGCUGAGUUGGAACUGAGCGUGUACUUCCGUGGAGUGGGAAUUUACAAUGUAUGCUUAAGCUUUUCAAAAAGCAAAUAGACUUUACCAACUUGUUGUCUGAAACUGACGGUAAUGAUGGGCUAAAAAGGAGUAUUUCUGUAAUGUUAUUUUGCUUUCAUGGGGAAAUUGAUGGUCAAACCUCGUAAAUCUGCCACAUUUCAGUCUGAACACAAAUUAAAAAUCCAACAUUUAAAAGGUAAAUAAUUUAAUUUUACAUCUGACCAAUUUUUAAACAAUUUAGCCUAAUCAAGAUAACGCUACUAAUUAUGUCUAUUCUUUGAUGAAUAGCACUAUGUUUUGGUUGUCUGAGCAAGAAACAAUACUUGCGAACACAGUGUACAAUGGGGAUUACAUGAUUGACAGUCGGAUUGACAGGCCUGCAUGAAGUUAUGCAUGCUCUCUUUCUCUUUUCUAGCUUAUUUGCAUUUUCCUGUGCAACAUUUUUCAAUGGGCACGAUUCCAUAAUGUAUUGAACUGAAAUCAGUUUACUUGACAGGCAAAAAUUGUAUUUUCUUGCAAAACUCUGGGAUUCUAAAAUUUUAAAACAACUUUGAAUAAAUCGUGCAAAUUGGAUGUGGAAUCCUUUGGCAAACUAUGUUGGCCAGUCUUAUGAACAGAUCAGGCACUGAGGGAAUUUGAGAAAGAAAAAUUUGUCCUUUGAUUUUGUUGGGACAAUUCUAGUAUUGUCUGCUAGUGUGGAAAGGCCACUAGUGCCUCUUUUGACCCUUGAUGUAGGAGUAUCAUGAGUGCUUGAAACCUGUCAGGGAAACUCCAAAAAUUGUUAGGGGGAGAAGCAAUACUCUAGUUGCUUCAUUUUCUAUAAAAGAAGAACACAAUACCACAAACCUAGCUAUGCCUCAAUCCACUCUUGGGUAAGUUACACCACCUUUCUUUGGCUACUUUAAAUGACUAAUUUAGAACUGUUCACGAAAGCUUGUAAAGUGCCUUGCAGGGAUGAAAAAUGACAAGCUUCCUAACCAGAAAAAGUGAAGAAGAUUCUAAUUAUCAUCUUAAGUGUAAGUAUUUUUUCAUGUUUUAUUAUUGUUUUCUUUUAGGAAAAUCCCUCCAAAUGUUGUUGGAAGACCAAGAAGAAUUGCGAGACGAUCUCCUCCCCAGCAUGUCAGCCGAGAUGAAAGAGAAAGACUAGUUGACAUGGCAACCAAGCUGAUUGUUGCUACGGUAAAGAAAAGGCAUCACAUAAGCUAAAACUGAAGCUCUAAAUGAAACUUGAUACUCAAUGUAAUCUUUGUUAUUUCAGGAAACAGUUGCUUUACCUGCCACCAAGAAACAAAGCAAAGGGUUUCAGGCAUCAGACAAGGUAAGCUAUCCAGACCAAUGAUCAUUUUGUCUUAUUUGGCCUAUUUACACCUUAACUGUGUUACAGACCAAAUAACUAGGCCAGCCUAAGAAUUAUUCCUUAUUCCUUCCUUUUAGUCUUGGGUUUGUGCAUCUUCUCUACUCCAUUCUUCCUUCUUAGUCUUCUUCCUUCUGUCAUUCCUUCCUUUUUUUUUCUCCUUCUUGCCUGUGUACCUAUACUGCAUUUUACAUGUACCUACCUUUGUAUUUACCAGGCCAUCUUCCUAAACUGCUUCCAUCCUUUCUUGGCCUUCUUCUUUUCAUGAAGUUAACUGUGUUAGUGCACAUCUGACUUUCGCUAAUCACAUACAUAGGAAAUACCAAGACUUAAAAGAGAGAAGCAACGUCGUGCAGCAACAGAGUCUUUCUCGUCAGGUACAUGAUAUUGUAAUCAAUAAAAUGUGUUAGUCUUAAGUAUUUUAUCAGGAUAGGUAGCUCACAUCAUGCAGAUUAGAGUUCUCACAUGUAAUUUUUGUUUACGCAGAUUCUGAGACUUCUCAAAGAAUUUCAAGGCGCCCUUCUCCACCAAAGGUUAGCAUCAAUAGAUUUUUCCAUAAAUUCUUACAUUUCUCAAACUUUACAUCAAGAUCAUGAUGCCUUACCUUAUUACUACAAAGAUGACACGGGCACUUCUUCAACAAGCGACUUGCAAACCAGUUGUGGAUUAAAGAUGAUUUACUUGUGAUGCUUUUAAGUUACUGUUUUUCUGAUGCAUUCUCCAUAGGCCAAGCCUAGAUCAGCACCACCAAGAAGACCAGAGUCAUCAUUUUUCAAGUCCUCCCCAACUGGAAGAGAUGGAAAGAAACUCACCAGGAGUGGUGUUCAUGUUGUACUGCCAGGAGGAUCACAAAGUGAUGAUGAUGAUGAGCGACUCAGGUACAAGUAACACCAAUAGGAAUUUAAUGGUGUUUUCCUGACAGAAGGUUGUUAAAAAUGGGGCUUGAAUUUGUAUUGAACUCACCAAUUUGGGAAUCUGUAUUUAGGGGUUAUUAUUAGCAAGCUGUUAAAUUAUUAUUACUCGGUGUUUAUGGUCUAAUGUAUAACUGGACAAAACAGUUGCAUACUGGUGUAAAAUGAUAACAUGCAACUUGAUUUUAGUUGAGGAAGUGCUCAAUUGAUAUUGUUAUGUUGGACAUCAUUGAUCUCUCAUGUAUGGUUUUAGAAAUCUGUUCGUCAAAUAAUAAUUAUCUGGGUUUUUGAAUUUGAAUUAUGCAAUACUGGGCUUGAUCUUUAUGUAGCAUAGUUCCUUCAAUUGAUUUUUUUAGAUCCCUUGUUGGACGCAUGAAUUUAGAUGGACAGGGUAGCAGUGUUAUGGUAUCACAUCACCAGCCUAAAGACUUGCGGCCUAAGAGUGCUGGCUUGCCACUGAAAUCACAGGCUGUUGGACCAGAUGAAGAAAGCUAUGAUGAUGACGAAUUUGAAAGUGUUGGAUCUCCAAAAUUAUCAUCAACACGUACACCGAGGAUGUCAUGGAUGGAGACAGAACAUGACAUGAUUGACAUGUCAACGCAGACAGUUGUCCAUUCAGGUAAUAGAAUGGGUAAUAUUAUUUUUUCUCUUUUGCACUGAAAAUUGACCAUGAACUCAGAAGGAAGGCUUAGAUAUGAAAUAAAACAGGAUGUGGUCUGUCCCGUAUUUUUGAUUGAGCAGGAAAUUGGUGAAGAACAGGGCAGUUAUCAGCGAAAGGUGUUUAAAGAAACAUUGAAUUCACAUACUGCAGUGAUAGGUUAUGAGCCUUUCUGCAAAAUGGGGGCUAAAAAUUACAACCAUUUUAUUUAAAUUUACAAUGGAACCUUUUUUACAGGCAGAAAAGUUAGCCUAGACUUAAUUUCAUAGAAAAGUCUGUUAUGUGGUUGUUUGGGAGUCCUUAAAAGCUGUGUCCUUAUUUCCAGGAACACAAACUGCUAAACAAACCGAUGAUGAUGAUGACCAAGUUGAACGGCAAAUCAUCUUACCUCCAAGACUGACACCAAUUGUAAGAGACAGCUCAGAGGAAGUCAAAGAAGUGAGUGUUUCUACAGUCACGGCAACACAGGGUGCUAGUACUGCAGACAUACCAACAUCUACCCCUCUUUCAGCUGAGACACAGACAAGGAACAGAGACUUGGAGCCUAAAGGUGAGAAUAUGCCAAUUAUCAGAAUAUUUUUUGAGUGAUAAUUGUAUAGUUGGGCAUCCAGUGUUGUCUUCCACGUGAGGCAAAUGGUCAGGUGUUCGCUAUUCUGCAAUCUCAACAAGUGACUCUAGUCCCUCUUAAAGUUAUUUUUAGGUUUAAUGCAUCUGAUUUCCCCAGAACGUCGCAUGAUUUAUUAUUUCUAGAUGCCUUUGGAUCUCUCAUAAAAGGAGAGUGAUCUCAAAUAACUUUUGAGGAAUAAACUUACAAAUAAAGCCAUAGGGAUUUCAGUCUCUUAGCUUGAUUAUCUCUUUGGUGAAAUAUAUCUUUGACACUGAAGAGUGACAUAAAGCCACCAAUGUGACCCCCCAUGGAGUAUACUAUGGAGUAUGUAAGCCCUCUUUUGAGACUCUCUCUCGAUCAGUGCUUAGAAAGGCCUUAUUCUUGUGUCAUUUGUGACAGUCAUCCGCUAUCAGGAAGGGCAGUUUAUCAUUCAGGAAAAAGCUGAUUUUUAAUUUCAACACUUGUCUUGAUUUACAGUACUAACAUAUGAAGUUUAUGUCCUGACGGGUGAUAAGCUUGGUGCUGGAACAAAGGCUACAGUCAAAUUAACAAUAUUUGGAGAAUACGGCAACUCAGGCGAGAGGCAGCUGCUACGAUCCAGAACACACAGGACAAAGUUUCAGAGAGGACAGGUGAGAUUAGGGGUGUAGUCAAAAGGGGGGUGCAGGUCUCUAGGUAAAUAUACUCUCUCUUUGUUGAAGGGAGAAGUAGUCAUUUACAAUGACCAGACAACCUAGCAUGCUGGUAGAUUGGACGAGCACACUCCUCCUUAUUUAUUGUAGAAUUCUACCUACUGUAUACUAUAGAGAUAAAGGUCACGGUUUGACUGGGAAUUACUUGUAUCAGAGAAAUUAUUGAUAGGAAAGAACACCAAUGGCUUUUAAUGAACAAGCAAAAAGUUUUGCUUUCUGUUAAAAAAAAUCUUUUUCGGUGAAAAAAACAGAAUAUGUCAAAAGGUAAGGAAGAACGAAGAUGAGUAACACUGGAAGAGAGUUCGACUUCUAACGGUGAAGUUAAGAACUUUAAAGAACUUGACGUUAUUGAAAAAUAGGAAGAACAAAGGUUUUAAAGAAUAACACUUGCUUCAUGACGUUGGUAUUCGUUGCUAUAUGUAGUAUGAUCUUCAAAAAGGUUUGAACCUCGUGUAUGAAUGUUAUGGCACUUGAUUACCAACAGAGAAGGAAUUUUUUUAGCCCACCAUUAAACGAGCGGGGCCAAGUUUACAUUUGAGAAGAAUGUACGUAUGAUUACCCGUGACUAAGCACUAUAACUCUGCUCGACUAAUUCUUCUUCUGCACGUCCGUUUUUCAGGUGGAUAUCUUCGUCAUAGACUCGGUCUUUCUUGGAAAGUUAUCGAGUAUUAGAAUUGGUCACAGCGAGACAAAACUUGGUACGUUUCGUAAAAACCUGUCUCUUUUACUCUUGACUGUGUGUGUUUCUCUUUUUAAUCAUUUCAUUAUUGUUAUUAAUGAAGCUCCUAGGAAGUUCUUUUUUUUUUUUUUUUUUUGGAACAACGUUUAGAAAUAAUUUCACGAACUUGUUUCAUCUUCGUAGCUUUAUUAAGUAACUAAAAAAUUGCACUUUUUGUCUUUAGGUUAUGGCUGGUUUCUGGACAAGGUGUUAAUCAAGGAGGGCACCGAGGCGACAAGAGCAUUUGAGUUCCGUUGCAGCAGGUAAAAUUCAAACAUGAAAGUACAGUCGUAGAACAAGUCUACAUUUGAUUUUCGCUCAAAAUCUAAGUGACCCACUUCAUGACCUCUCAUAGUAUGUAGUGCCGAAGGUGACAAAUUUACAGACUUUUAUUUCAAUCAGUCCACACUAACUUAUUGAACUGAAGGACCCUGAUUCUACGAUUGUCUCACAAACUAUUGUGGACUGAUACUUUGUUGAUACCUAAUUGGUCACUAGUUUAUAUCUGUUUUAUCUCAUUCGCCUUUUUGUUUUUUUGGUAGAUGGUUGUCGUCACGCGAUGACGAUGGGCAGAUUAUUCGAGAUCUUCCAACCUCCGACGUCAUUCCAGGUAAUCUUACUUUUAACGCGAGCGGUAUUUCUGUUACUCAAAAAAAAUGAGUAUGCACUGGUGAGAAUUAGCUUAGAAGCUUACGUGAAGGUUAAUGCAAAGGGGUGAAUUUUUUUUAGCCGAAGUAAGACUUCUCAGAGGAACUUGAAGAGCUCUCCCUUUCUCACCAUGGGAAAGUUACAUUAAAGUCUGAGUUUAGUUAAAGUAGAUUUAUAGUAAUCGGAGUGGAACAAAUGUGGCCCAGAUUCUAAAACAGGCCAUUGGUUGUGGAGGUGCUCACCCCACCUCUACAAUCGUAGGCUCAUGUUUUCCUCUUGGGCCAGUCCCUUUUGACUAUCCUCUCUUCCUCUUCGUCAAACAGUGCGAUGUUUUGCGCUAUCCUGUGAGUGUAUCGUCGGUUAUUAGUAUACCCAGUAAGCUUUUAAGGAAAGGGCGUGGCUAGGGAUGAGGGGCUCGUGAGAUACACCCGACUCUCUCUUUGUCAACUUGGAAUACCCCACAAUUGCCAAUAAUACUCUAUUGUAGUACCUACCCUGCUGGAGAGAUUGCUAUGAAUUUUUCAAUUAUGCAGUUUUAAAAUUAUUUUUUAUUUAAUUAGAUUUCUUUCUUUUUUUUUCUGUUGUGGCGUACAGCAUCACAUCUUGUUGCUGUGUUACCCAGGAUCGACGAGAGACAGGACGACGACUUUUACCGGAGCGCAAGCGAGAGCGAUAGCUUUUCCAGCGGUGAAGACGAAGAUGGUGUUCCUGCACCUGAUUUAAGAGAAGUAAAAAAGAAAUCAAAAAGUAAAGCUGAUUCACUGAGGCAAAAACCUCCGAUAAGCUCCAAACGAGCCAAACCUCCCAUUCCUGUGCAAUCAGCGAACGGAGAUGAAAAUGCUUACGGUCGAUUUGUGGCGGUUAAAGCUGGAGAUCUGUUUGAUGUCAGCGAAGGAGAAGAGGAAGAGGAAGGAGAAAAUCCCGAAGGACAAGAUGAAGUAAAUGAAGACGAAAAGGAGAGGUUCUUCCAACCUGAAGAGGAGAAUGAGGAUUCUGACGAUGAGGAUGCGAAGGAGAACUCUAGGAAAAAUUCAAAAAGGCAAAGAAACAAGGGAGAUGAAAAUGCCAGCGAAAGCGAGGAAGAAGAAAAGGAAGAGGUUGGAAAGGAUGACGAGAAAAGGAGGUUAUCAAAGAAUGGUUCGGAUCAAUUGAGGCUGGUCACUACGUCUGUCUCGAAAUUCAAGAAAAAAUCCAAGAAGGAAGAUGCCAGUCCGGAGAUUGGGUUGGAAGAGGAAGAGGAGGAGCAGAGUGGAGAGAAUGAAGAAACGGAAGAGAAAGGAAAUGCUGUAAAUGAGGAAGAAGAUACGGCUGAAAAAAGAGAUGAGGAGGUAAAGGACGAAGGCGAAGACAAAGGUGAAGACGAAGACGAGCCUAGGGUCGAGUUUGCUGGUGACGCCAAACCAGAGGUAAGGUUCUCUUUUAUUUUCGUAUCGACAUUACUUCUUAACAGUUGUCAACAUGGUUGUAGCCUUUCUCGCCUUUUAAGCCAAGGAAGGCUUGAAAGGCGAGAGGGAAAGAGAGGAAUUGGAAGGGACAAGAAAAUCCCUUAGCCUAUCCUUAAACACCCCCUACCGAAAGCAAACAAGGCGGCUCGUCAAACUUUGGAAAUUUCAUGAAGUUAAUUUACUUUCCAGAUCAAAUCGCCUGCUUUUAAAGCUCGUGAUGUUUGUGGGUUUGAAACUCGCUAUUUGUAAUAGUUUCUGAAAAGGUGAAUGACUCAUUUAGAGGAAUAACGAGGGGUGCAGUAUGUUUCAUUGAAAGUUUAACAAAUUCACGUAUGUAAACCACGAUUCAAUUAACUUUCAAGUUGAAGCUACUAGUCAAGACUAAUACUGAGCUUAUUACCCUUUGUGUAUAAUGAUCUUACGAAAGUAACACAUUAUGAAACUUUUUCACCAGCAUGAACGUGACCGACCCGUUUCUGCUCAAAGUGAAGAUUUUGUUGAAGGCUUCCGAGCGGGAGUUCGCGCAAAACAAGAGAAAGAAAGAGAACAACACAGACACUCUAUCAGCGAGAGUGAAAAUAUCUUGAGAAGAGGUUUGUACGCUUUCUUUAAUGUAACUACGUAGUCACUUCCAAAGAGGAAAUAAAAUGUCUUCGUUAGGUGAUCAAACGAACAGAGCCAUUUUGGCUGCAAUGUACAUAUGUCCGUGUCUCGAUGACAGAUUGAUUUAUCGGAUACAAAACACGCAGUCAACCAAUCGAGUUACUGGUAUGCCGCGGCCAAUACCAAGCGCGGGAAAACACGUGUCAGACAGGUUGAUAUAUGAUGACGUAGAUAACUCAGCGCUGAUUUCAAUCUGAUGAGUUUCUUUUUUGGUCAUUAUAUUAUCUUUAGGUGCAUCCAUUCACGAUGCCUCCAAAGAGGGAAAGCUUGAACGUGUGAAGGAAUUGAUAAGAGUGGUGCCGGCUAUGAAGAACAUGACAGAUGAACGCGGUUUGAACCCACUUCAUAUAGCAGCUGCUAAUGGUCGACUAGAUUGUGUUAAGUGGCUAGCGGUCAGCGGUGUAGACUUAGGCGCAGAGACUCCGACUGGCUAUACCGCCAUGCAUCUGGCAGCUAUGAAUGGUCACGUGAACUGCAUGAUGGUUAGUCAUUCUUUCUUACACACUCUUGUCUGCGCUAUUUCUCUUAAUUCAGUAAAGAUGUUUGGAAGAAAAAGAUGAGAUGUUUACACCUAUUUAUCUUUAACCAUUUCAAACCACAUUAAAUUGUGUUAAGCGAUUAACGUCAGUUUUCUCAAAAUUUGGGGACCUGAUGACAGAAAGCGACUAAAAUUUGUUUCUUUGCACUUCACAUUGGGAAACGAGGUGGCUUGAUAACUUCACUUAGGUCUUAAAUGAAAAUUUUGACUAAAAGAUGAACGGAUAUUUGAGUGAUAAGCCAAAUUUCACGAUUUUACACUGAAUGCCUAUAACUUUUCUAUUAUUUACCAAAAAUUGCUUUUUGUGUAAUAUUUCCUUCGUUCAGAUUCUGUCGGCCAUGGGAAGUACGUUGAGCUGCAGAACAGUGGACGAACUUACUCCCCUCCAUUUGGCCUGUAUGAGGUAUGUUGUCACCGCGAUUCAGCUUUACAUUACAGGGCAUUUUUGCCGUCUUUUCGAUGUUGUUUGCUCUACUUCCUGACUGCACAUUUAAUCGUCCAAUACAUUACAGGUGGGUGUCGAAAGGAAUCCGGCUCUAUUGAUUUUUCUUAAUUGCAAAUUUGCGAUUAUUCUACACAACUCUAGCGCCCUCUCAACAAACCACCCGCGAAGGGCCGGUUACGUGUUUAAUUUGAAUUCUCUUUGGUUGCUUGUGAUAGAGUACUUUCUAAUUAAUUAUCGAAAAACCAAAACCAAAAUAAUCACAUCAACCAAUCAGCACAAAGGUUAACAUCAUCCUUAACCAAUGAAAACUCUAUUUAAGAACAGACAACCUGCCUAAAGCGCGGGAAAACGCCAGUGACCAAGUUGGGAUUGCUCUUAGUUUUAUAUCUGAUUGGUUGAGACGUUGGCCGAUUUUUCUGGACCAAUCACAGAGCGAAGUAAAGCAAAACCAAGGCAAUCCUGGUUUACUUUCGACUCUUCAUUGAAAGUGUCUCUAUGAACCAUUAUUCUGAUUGGCCUGUAGAGAUUACAUCGGAUUCCGUAUUGUGACAUUCGGUCGAAAGACGCUCUGACGAACACUGUUUUUUUUAUAUUUGCAGCGGGUUUGUAGAGUGUGUUAAGUGGCUGAUCGCCAACAGAGCGAAGGUGGACGUUGUUGAUAACAAUGGACGAACCCCUCUUGACAUUUCAGAAGUAAGCGUUUAGUGGACUUUUAUCUUAAGAUCACUUUACAGUUCGCACAUUCCACAGCUACAGUGAAUCUAGUUAGAAUAUUUUUUGAGAACAAAGAGUUUCAUUGAAUUCUUUGUCACAAAGAUCAACAGGUGUAUGCUUUCUCUUGGCGAGGAAUAUUUAAUAUAGAUUGCUUUCGUUUUUUUGUAGGAUUAUGGACACGAGGAGAUAGUGAAACUCCUGAAGAAAUUUCGUAAGUUCUUGCUCUAGUUAUAGUCACUAUUUGUCUAAUCCUUAGCCUGUCAAAAAUCUGGACACUUAAGUCGUGAAUUGAUUUUCCAUGCUAUGAUGGAAAUUUCUCUUUCUCGCGAUAAGAACUCGUUUGAGGUAAUCUCGCUACUCUUACCGGUUAAAAAAUAUAAUUCAUACAUAUUGUUUUCGGGAUAUUGAAAACUUUGCCUUCUUAAAUUCGAAGUCAAAUCUGAAAUUUUAAUCAUGAGAUUACUUGUUGAAUGCCAAUUAAUCGCGUGGAAGCUCUGGUUCCUUGUCAGAGAGUUUGCCGCAAUUAGUGUUUGUCAUGUGCUGAUAAUGGCUAUAAAUUUAUCGUUGAAUCAAUUUACAACAAGGUCAGGUUGAGGCCAAGUCUUACGAGUCUGCAACUGCUUAUCAUUGCUAGAGUUUUUCGGUUUUCUUUAGUGAUGCUCAGUGAUGCUAGUCUAUACGAGCCAACACCCUUGACGCUUGACAGUUUUCCAGUAGCCAUUUGCACCCGCAAGAUGAGAUAGACGCUGUGAGAGUUCAGUUUUCUUUCUCUAGAACACAACACAAUGACCUGGCGGUUAGGGCUCGAACUUGGACAUUUGAUUCUAGAGUUAAGCGCGUGAGGCGAUCUCGCCUCAACAAAUAAUCCCACAAUUAACGUGUGCGUAACAUUCUUUCAGAAAACGAGCUUACAAGACAGGAUAGCACUCUCGCUCAGUUGAUGACUAGCGAACACAAGCGAAGGAAAAGGUAAUCACAAGUAUAUCACUUGGCAUUAUCUGGUCUGUACUCUUGGCAGGGAACUGUUCAGGUAGUUGUUGGACAGGAUAUUUCUGGGUUGGUUUUACACUGAUUUUUGUCUUUGCCAUUGUAGUAUGGAGUCUGUAGGAAGUGACCAAGAUGGCGGUGCACCAUCCAAAGUGUCAGACAGUGGAGUCGGAGGACUGGAGAGUGGAGAGGACAGCUGGAUCAGUGAUACUGAGGUUAGUGAAACAAAAUCAAUUCAUAAUUGUCGGUUUGACUGUCUGUCUGGAUCUGUGUAUUUAGAUGUCUUUCUGUCAAUCAUUCUACAAGUCGCUCAACCAAAAGGCGAGUGAACAAAGCGUAGUUGUCUAGAAUAUCAUGAUAGGCGAGAAAAUCUUAAUUGUGGCAGAUGGGAACAUGCGAUGAGGACGUGAAUAUCACUCGAAACAAGGAUUUUCUAGGAAGAGAUUUGCUCACUGACAGGCUUAUUUUUCCCGAUAUCUGGCAAAACCCAUUGUUUUAACGUUAAUGACUUAAAAUAACUAACUAAACUGACGAAGGAAAGACAGAGGAAAAACACCAGUCCGUGUGGUUUAGGUUUAACCUACGUAUUUUCUUUCCUUCAGGAGGACUUAACAGUAGAGGGAGGGAAGGUAAAUCGCUCUGAGUCAGCGUCAAGGAAUCGCCCGGGCUCUGGAACUGAGCGACCUACUUCAGCGUCACGUGCUCGGACAGACUCAAUGACGACGAUGGAGGUGAGUGGACUGGGUCAAACAUACUGUGUAUGGUGUAUAAUGUGUGUAGUGGGAGAGCAAGUCUUCCCCAAAGUCCUCUAGUUUUCUGUAGUUCUCCAGAUCUUCUGUUCUCUAGUUUCCUCCAGUUCUCUCGUUUUUUUCUUAGUCUCCACGCAUGUGAUCGGCGCUAUUUUUUCCUGUUCUUGAGGAAACUUCUGAUUCGACUUUAACUAACCUUGGACCAUUCAUAUGAGGGCGUGGCAGCCUUUUCUUUCUCUCGAGAAUAACAGUCAUUCCUCAAAGAAAAGAAUUUGAUUCUCUUGUGUUAAAAGUACGGACGUGCAUGAAUGGAAACUCCAUUCGGAAAAAUAGUUCUCAGUGACUAUAACUGAUUGACGGACGUGAAUAGAAGUGACAAAGUUAUUAUUUGUUGCAGGACAAAAAGAAGAACUUUGAGAAACAAAAAGUUAAAAUGCAGAAAAGGAACUCGAGCUUUUUGGACAGCAUCAGGAUGGAAGUUGACAACGAGGAAGAAUUUUAAAACUCUUUAGUCUGCUUCUAUAAGUGAUAUCAAGACUCAGCUCCGAUAAGCACUUUCGCGACUUGUUGUUAGCCAACAGGAGAAAGAGAAACAAAAACAAACUGAUCCAAUAUUGAGAAUAUCAAAUCCCUUUCAGCCGGAUGUAUCACCGAGUUCGCAGAAAAAGGCGCAAAGAGUUGGUUCAAGUGGAAGGCGACACUAAAGGCCCAGAUUGAAUUUAUACAGAAAAACUUCAACUUCAUAUAUAUCUCUAUAUUUGAUAGGUGCAUUAGGCGCCAAACUGUGUAUAUUGAACAUUGUGUAGGUUACAGACUAAUAGAUACUUUAUGAUCUUGUAGGUUUUAGGAGUUUUGAAGAAUAUAUUUCAUGUGAAAAAUUCGUACGCAGAGGUUUCAAAUUUCUGAUGGGAUUCUAAGAGUGCCCAUGUGUAGGGCACAGCCACUUUUAUACAUUCAACUGUGGCAAGAGGCCUACUUGUAGCGUAGGUACAAUUUUCACUAUGUACCCGUAAUAAUGCCAAGCCAGUAGCGGUGCGUGGCGUCGGUGAUUCUUCAGUCUUGGACGCCGUUUACAGUCAUAGGAAUUUUUUUCCGCUCAUAGAAUCAAAGUAGUAGCUAACCGCGUUAUUCGAGUAUCGCCUAACAUACGAUUGCUCUGUUAUGCGGUUGUCUAAUUUUUCGGGGAUACGGAACAAGAUGUGUAGAUAUAAAUUUGGGGAAUGCUCCAUCACUGCAUAUCAUAUAUUACAUGUACUUGGUGAGAUGAGGCCAUGAGGCUUUCUCAUAUGUAUGUAGCGCGGUAUAAAUAAGAUUGCUCGGAAAUGCUUACUCUUCAGGAGUUACAAAUACAUUUCUUCAAAUUGCCGAGUGGUGAUCGUGCAUCGGUCUAUGUAGUCGAUUAUUUAUUAGCAACGAAUAACGUCAUCAUGUUCGUGGCAUCUAAAUUCCACAUUACAAGUAUAAUGAUUUAAGAUAGUCUCCUUAGUGCGUUGCAAUAUUUGCUUUUUGUCCAUCGAUUAGGAAAUCAUAAACGGAAGACCUGGUUGAUCGUGAACAAGGUGUUUUAACUUUUGUAUAAUAACGAUGAAUUUUCAAAUAAAAGACUUGUAGAGAC